AAUUAUAUAAAGACACUACCCCGAACUCCUCCUCCUCUCCUCUCCCCGGCCUUAUUUGUGCGUCAGCCCUUUUCGUCUGUUUGUGAGAUACUAUCUCAGCCUCAGCUUUUGGAUCCGUUUGCUCCGUCUUCCUUUUCUAACCAACGCAUCAAACAUGAACUCAAUUCUUCGCCAAAGGGCGACCGAGGGGGAGACGGUUCGUAGUGUCGUUAUAUUCUCUCGACACGGAGACCGGACGCCUAAAAUUCUCGGGACGACCAGAUUGACGGCAUUGGGAAAAAACCAGGUCUAUGCUUCGGGAGAAUUCUACCGUGCUCGGUACCUAGAUUCCAAUUCCACCCACUUCAUCAAGGGAAUCAGUGGGAGGAAGUAUGUCGAGAAGGAAGUGUUUGCUUCUUCUCCGGAUCAGCAACUACUUGUCCAGUCCACCCAGGUCUUCUUGCAAGGACUCUACCCCCCACAAAACGUCAUGGAGACCCUCGCGGACGGAACAUCAGUCAGCACCCCCGCCAACGGCCAACAGUACCCCGUCCUGCACUCGGUUAGCAGUAAUUCCCCCGACGCAAUCUGGCUAAAGGGUGACGACGGCUGCCCGGCCCACGAUCAAAGCUUCGAAAAUUUCUAUGCUUCGCAGCAGUUCAAGGACCUGUCCGUCUCUACAAAGCCGUUUUAUGAAUCCUUCGCGGAUCUGCUCGAGGGGGUGAUCCCACAGAGCAAAGUCAACUACAAAAGUGCCUUCACCAUCUUCGACUACCUGAACGUUGGCAGGAUCUACAACUCUACCAUUGCAAAACGUGUUUCCAGCGAGGACUUGGCCAAACUCAAAUACCUUGCAGACUCCACUGAAUGGGCAUUGAACGCAAACAUCACUGCCGCGAUUCCAAACCCGAUCUCUAUUAGUGGAUCGACCCUCGCCAAGGCAAUCCUCACACAGCUAAGCCCUUCCGUAACCACCCCAAGCAGCGCCCCCAAGCUCUCCGUGCUCUUUGGGUCCUACGACACCUUCCUCUCCUUCUUCUCUUUGGCCUCCCUCCCGUCUGCCAGUUCCUCAUUCUAUGGGCUACCGGAAUAUGCUUCUACCAUGGUCUUUGAGCUCGUCUCCCACCCAUCCGACUCGAGUAUGUACAUCCGCUUCCUCUUCCGCAACGGAACUCGCCCGGAAUCACCCCUUACGGAAUACCCACUCUUUGGCCAAGGAGGGCAGAAUGCACUCAUGCCCUAUACUGAAUUCGCUGGAUCUAUGGAUAAGAUAGCCAUUGACAACUUGGACCAAUGGUGUAAAGUCUGCGAUUCACAAGAGGAUAUAUGUCAGGCCAGGUCCAUGCACAUCGACAUCCAACCAACGGGGCGCCCGAGCAUGAAGCCAGAGCUUGCGGGUGGUGUUGGUGCGCUCUGCGCGCUCGCUGCGGUCGGGAUCAUUUCGGCUGCCUUGAUGAUGAUUAUGGGAUUUAGGUUCACCAAGAAAGAGAAGAAGGCCGAGGUGGCCAGGAGUUGCGCCAGCACUGAGGGGAGUGUGGAUGUUAAAGCUUAAAACGUGGCUCUGUUGUGUUUUGUGGAUGUAAGUAUUUAUUAUUUUUAUGGGUGGAAGUGAUACAUAGGGGAUCGUCUAGUUUCCUGGGGGUCACCUUGGUGUUUUAUGUUUCAUCUUGAUUACUUUAGUUCGAACCAACUUUUCCUUUAGCGAUAAAAUUAUUGAGUUUCUUGGAAUCGAUAACCAAUGCAUCCUAG